AUGGACUCACUGGACGCUAUUGCAGAAAACUACUCAAAAGUAGAAGAUCGUUUUAUUGAAUGCAUUGCCAGAUGGUUGCGUAGAGCUGAUAAUGUUGACACUGACAAGUUAGAUCAAGAGAAAUGUAAUACAGUACUGGCUACUCAUAUAUUCAACACUCAUCAUCCACUCCUCUCUCAGUCUCUCUCUGAUCCUGUCAGUGUAGCUAUUAUGCUUCAAAGAGAGGGUGUCAUAACAGGACAAGUAUUGGCUAGAGUGGAAUCAGCUAGUCCCUCUGUUCCUAAUCAACGUGAAGUCCUGUUAGGUGCCAUUAUAGUAGCUAUUCAAAGCAAGUAUAGUUUACUACAAACAUUUGCUAGUGUGUUGUGCAAGUUCACUGGUAAUGUAAAACUAGGAACAGUUAUACAAAGAGACUAUGACCAAUCCUUCAAUGAUGAUAAGAAGCUUAUUAAAGUUGUUAUUCCUGAUGAUGAUAUGAGCACUGAUACAUUAAGCACUGGAACAACUACACCAUCACCUACUCCACCUAAUACACCAACUGUUGAGAUAGCCAUUCCUGAAUGCAUGAGUGGUGAAUUCACUUCAAUACAAACGUCUUAUGGUCGAAUGUUGUACAAUGUUCAUAAAAUAAUAAAGAACAAGCCACCACCAUUAGAUGAUGUAAAGGAAUUUCUACGUUGCUUAGAGAAAGAGUGUUCGUUAAUUGAUAUUAAGCUACUUCAAUCAGUUGUUGAACAGUUCAAAAUCAAAAAAGCUGAAAAAUAUGUCACAGAAUAUAAUGGCAUAUUAAAAGAGUUUUGUCGCACAGUAAAGAUUAGUCUUUGCUUAAAUGAGAAGUUUGAAGCAUUAGGAGGUAGUCCUUCCCUUCAAUGUGAAACAGUUGCAUAUGUCUUUGACUGGGAACCAGAUGAGCACAUGCUACAGAAUAUUAAAAAAAUUGUUUCCAAGACAUCUGGUAAACUGGCAAAAAUAAAAUACAUCAAGAAAGGAAACUCCAUCAUUGUCACUUGUUCCUUCCCUCACUCUCUCACUAGAGCUCUCAUUAUAGAAUUGAGUGAGAAUCUUGAAUUAUUAAUAAAGAAUGGUCUAACGAAGCUUACUGUUGGAUACUGCACAAUAUGGAAGAAACAAAAGAUACAAGAAAUACAGGAACCACUGGAAGAGGAGGUACAGGAGAUAAAGGAACAACCUCAUGAUACAAAGGAAGAGAGAGUAGCAAGACUGGAGGAGAAAGAAACAGAAGGAGCAACACCUCAAUCAGUAAUUAAUCAAGAUAUACUAUCAACUGAUACAAGUGUGACAAUAAUUAAUAGAAAAUUAAGAAAAGAAAUAAAAACAAACAAACAAUUAGAAGAAACUUUAACAAGUAAAAGUAGUAAAACUUUACAUGUAAUUUAUAACUUGAAAUAA